GAGGGCACGGCUAACUUCCGGGUUAGCCGCUGCUCUUUCCGGUUAGCUUGCGCAGAGCUUCCAUCUCCUACAACAUCCACACACUUCACGGCCUCUCGCUCUACGUGUCGUUCACGCUGUCUGUACUACUUUUCCACUGAACACAAACAUGGCAGAGGCCAUUCAAAAGAAACUGAAAGGAGAAGUAGAAAAAUAUACUCAGAUGCAGAAAGAUGUUAGUAAGAGCAUGUCAGCCAGACAGAAGCUGGAGACACAGCUGGCAGAGAACAACAUUGUCAAAGAGGAGCUUGACCUGCUGGACAUCACAAACACAGUGUAUAAGCUUAUUGGCCCAGUGUUAGUAAAGCAAGACCUGGAUGAGGCCAAAGCCACCGUCACCAAAAGGCUGGAGUACAUCAACGGAGAGAUCCAAAGGUACGAGACUCUCCUGAAAGACUUGGAAAAGAAAUCCGAACAGCAUCGAGAAGUCUUGUCCUGUUUACAGCAGGAGUAUCAGAAAGCUCAGGGCCUGGCUGUUGGCAAAGUCUGACCAAGUGCUCCGGCUGCAUGCACACACACACACACACACACACACACACACACACACACACACACACACACACACACACACACACACACACACACACACACACACACACACACACACACACACACACACACACACACACACAAUUCUAAGUAGAAUGGGUUAGUCAUGACUUAAUGUAGACCUUCAACAUAAGGCUGGUAAAAUUGUGCCUGUAAUCUUGUCAAUUCUUUGUUUAUUACAGUGACUAAUAAACAUGUUUUUCAUGAA